AUGGUGGACCUAGUCUGGAGCGGUGCAGCCACCUCCAACCCGCACUCUGACGUCUGGCUGCGGCUCAACAUACGCCUGCGCUUUCGGGCACACAGUUUCCGCUCUCUAAUCAAGGGUCUCGAGACCUUCAAUUCCAACAUAAACUCGAAGAACUGCUGGCUUGAGGCGCUGUACCUGGCUGUUCCUUCUCGUUUUCCCAUUUACUUCGUGUGCGAAUACUUGCCCAUGUCUGGUCCGGUAUACUCGUGGACAACAGAGUUGAACACAUCUUGGUCUCCUAGUAGCUGCGAAUGAGCCUUCGUCGGUCUCAGUGUUUGAAUCAGUUGUUAUAACCUCUAUUGCAGAUAAGAUCGCUAGGACUCAUAUUUGUUCCGAGACAAGAUUAACAGUCUCGUGUAUGCUUAAGUGCUUUUACCACCUGAUCUGUUUUCCGGCAACUUCCUCACAUAACCUGUCAUCGUGACCUUCGUCGUUGCUACUGCUCGUAACAGCGCACCACCCGUGUGUUCGCAUGCCUCACUCCUCUCUUUGAUCGCGCGGGAGGAAGGUCGGGGCCCGACUGUGAUUCAGCUUGGUUGACCUAACAUAUGCCUACAAUGGGCUGCCGUUCACACAAUAUCAGUCACGGGCUUCUCUGUCAUUUCAUCUCAAAUCUCGUGAACACAAAUAUGGUGGUGGGCCAUAUGUUUAUCCGUUAAUGGAUACCCUCCGCACGAUGCCCCCACUCUUUCCCGACUUUCCCUCACAUGCCCUUGGUGUCGCGCCUCGAGAUUUCUGAAAGCAAGCCAGCAAAAGCUACGGACAAAGUACAAGCAAUGAAUCAUAC